AUGAUUGAUCAGUCGUUUCCAGUUCCCCGGCAGGACUGGUCACUUUUUGGAUUGGUCGAUGCAGAAUUUGCAGUGCAGAUUCUGCACUCGACGCUCCAUCAAGACCCUUACUUCUGGUGCCUACGGUUUGUGCGGCGAGUCGGCGAUGCGGUGGGCUCACCCUUUACUCCGUACGGAGAGACACCGUCUCCAGCGACACGUUCUACGCGCUACCGUGGGAACUCGUGUCUGAGAUUGACAGAUCACAGGCCACUCAUCGCCAAUAUCUCUAUUCCAACCUCUCUGCCCUGUGCACUCUCGAACAGUCGAGAUGCUUCCAUGACUCAGCCCAAAGUCCAACGAACAGUGGAUCCCGUCCACGCAAGGGGCUCACGAACCGUCCAAGGUUCUCAUUCGGCGCAAGGCCGUGGAACCCCUUGCAAAAAUGCUUGUCUUUCCGUUUUCGUGGAUUGCCCUGAGUCCCUGAGGUUGAUCACACGGUUGAUCACACCCGUUGUUCAGAGAUUCCAUCCCCUGCGCCACGUUGACGUAUACCCUCCACCCAGGAUGAGGUAG